AUGUCAGAAGAAAUGAUUAUGUCUACGAAUGAACAUCCAAUCAAAAUUGAGCCACCCGAAUAUUUAGCAGGGGACGUUAAAUGUGAAAUUGAGGAUAAAUUUGAUGCCAUUGAUGCUAUUGUUAAAUCUGAAGACGAUGAUACGUGUUUAGAAAGAUUCAUAAAUUCCGAGGUGACGAUUGAAGAAGAAGUCAAACAGGAGUCUUAUGAAUGUAACACUUAUGAAUGUGAAAUAAGCGAUAAGACAUUUAAUAAUAAAGGCAGUGAAAAGCGCCUCCAUGAAUGCAAGAAAUGCAAUAAGGCAUUCACAGAAUUAGGUCAUCUGAAGAAACACAUGGUGACACACCGGGGAGUACGCUCGCAUAAGUGCAAUGUAUGCAAUAAAACGUUUACAAACUCGAGCGAUCUGAAAAGACACAUGCUCAUUCACAGUGGUGAACGCCCCCACGAAUGCAAUGUAUGCAAGAAACAAUUCCAACUAGUAGAUCAUCUGAAAAAACACAUGCUGAUACACAGUGGUGUACGCCCAUAUGAAUGUAAUACAUGCAAUAACACAUUUACACAAUUAAAUAAUCUGAAACGUCACAUGCUCGUUCACAGUGGUGAGCGUCCCCAUGAAUGCAACAUAUGCAAUAAGAAAUUCACAAACUUAAGUAAUCUGAAAAGCCACCUGCUCAUUCACAGUGGUGAGCGCCCCCAUGAAUGCAACAUAUGCAAGAAGACAUUCAACGUAUUAAGUAAUCUGAAAAGCCACCUGCUCAUUCACAGUGGUGAGCGUCCCCAUGAAUGCAGCAUAUGCAAGAAAACAUUCACAGAUUUAACUCAUCUGAAGAGACACAUGCUCAUUCACAGUGAUGAACGUCCGCACGAAUGCAAUGUAUGCAAUAAAACAUACACAAAUUUGAGCAAUCUAAAGAGACACAUGCUCAUUCACAGUGGUGAAUGCCCCAACAAAUGCCUUGUAUGCAAGAAACAAUUCCAAGUAGUAAGUCAUCUGAAACAACACAUGCUGAUACACAGCGGUGUACGCCCAUAUGAAUGUAAUAUAUGCAAUAACACAUUCACACAAUUAAAUAAUCUGAAACGUCACAUGCUCGUUCACAGUGGUGAGCGUCCCCAUGAAUGCAACAUAUGCAAUAAGAAAUUCACAAACUCAAGCAAUCUGAAAAGUCACAUGCUCAUUCACAGUGGUGAGCGCCCCUAUGAAUGCAGCAUAUGCAAUAAGACAUAUAUCGGAAAAGGUAGUCUGAAAAAACACAUGAUGGUUCAUGACCACAAGGCUCCUUAG